UCGUGGCUGUGAAGUGUGAGGUGUUGAGUUAGCUUGCUCGCAGUGAAACAUCUUGCUUCAUUCGUUGCUUUUGAUCUAAAGACGAAUUAUAGCAAGAUGCCGUGUCUUCGCAAGUGUUGUUGCUGUUGCUGCGGCCUGAGAGAAGGAUCUCUCGCCAUCGGAAUCAUAUCUUUAGUGGGCAUCGGGCUGGUGGAGAUCGCCAUUGCCAUCUACUGCCUCAUCAACGUGCAGGACGCCAAGAAGAAAAUAAAGUUCGAGAACGCCGUCACCUUCGGCAUCGUCGACAAGGACUCCGACGCAGCGGCAUACAUUUUCUUCAGCAUGCUGCUGCUCGUAGCCGUCAUCUACGUGAUCGUCUGCCUCGUGCUCAUACAUGGCGUCAGAAAUAAAAAGCGUUUUUUGCUGCUACCUUGGGCGUUUUUCACGUUCAUGAACAUGAUUAUGGCGAUAUCGGGCGGCAUCUUAACCCUCAUCAACUCUCACGGCUACGCUCUCAACGUUACCGUUGGCUGCAUCGUGCUUGCCAUCGCAUCAGUGUGGAUAUACUUCACGUGCGUCGUAUUCAGCUUCUUCCAAGCCCUUCAAGACGGCGAUUAUUGGUGAAAGACCACGGAGAGUAUUGAGGGUACAGCGAAUCUCUAGGAAAAAUGGAUUGCAGCUUUGGACUAAAACUUUUGUGAUUGUAGGUUUGAAGAAGGCAACGAGCAAAGAAACCAAAUUGCUCCUACACUAAUGCUGAUUUUAAAUGUUGCUCGUAAUGAACGUAACUCCAGUUAACAAACCCAAAUAUCAAUUAUGAUGUUGUUGAUUAGAGAAGUAAUACUUUUAAGUUUGUUGUUAUGAAAAUUAAAUAAUUUUAUUCUAGGUAGUAAUAAACUGUUUCGAUACUUCAUUCACAAAUGCGGAGAAGAAUUCGUAUACAUGUAGAAAGCGCAUCUAACUUGUGCCUAUGGCAGUAAUAUUGUUCAACGGUCGCGGAAUGAGUUUGUUCAUUAACGACAUUCAAUAGCAACGCAACGUUUUAUUUGAGAGACUGCCUUGCUCACCAAAGCAAAUGUCUGUAAUCCUGAUCAAUUGUAACUGCUUCUGUUGGCAAAGAAUUUAUAUAUUAAUAGAGAGAUGAAUGUAUAUUAAUCGUAGCUAGAUUUUGUUGUUUAUCAUUGGUAGAACACUGGCGACCAGGAAUAGUCUUGGUCGGCAAAAAUUUGCCUUAGGGCUUAGGCCUUAGGGCUUAGACUAACGUUGUAAUUCAGGGACACUAAUAUUUGAUGUCUGUUAAAGUAGUUGUACAGUUAAAAUAUUAAUUCCGUUAAACUGUUCUGUGAAAAUCAUGAAAAAUUUACAUUUUCAAUAGAAUCGGUGAUAUGUGGCUGCACGCCAUCGAGCGAGCGACGAUCGUCUCGAUUGUACCAUUUUGAUAUUGUUUGCCCUAAUUACAAUUAUUGUCGAAUUAGAGGGAACUUGAUGCAAUAUGUAUUGUGCGGUGAAAUUACUAACUCUGUUUACCUACUACUUGCUCUACUUAACUACCAUGUUGACUACUUAAGUUUCAUGCUAUACUAAUUUGACAUUUACCACUUUAAAUUUAUUGUUCAUUUUGAACGGCCGUUAGACGGUCCCCAUGAACAGUCAUGAAUUGGUGCCUCGGCAAUUGUGCGCUUUAAUCAGUUCAAAUAAUGGCCUUGCUUGACGUGGUGCCUUACACCAGCUGCUCCUUAAUGCGACCCGAGCUAAUGAGUUGGUGCCUUACACCAGCUGCUCCUUAAUGCGACCCGAGCUAAUGGGUUGGUGCCUUACUCCAGCUGCUACUUAACGCUACCCGAGCUAAUGGGUUGGUGCCUGACAUCAGCUGCUACUUAACGCUACCCGAGCUAAUGGGUUGGUGCCUUACACCAGCUGCUACUUAACGCGACCAGAGCUAAUGGGCCUUUGCCGCGAUCAGCGAUGCUGUGGAGGUCACGUAUUGUUUAUGGCCGUUUUAUGAGAGGCCACGGACGACCGUCGCUGAUAUGAUCCCUACCCUGUCCUCUCUGGAUCACGAGAGGCGCGCGGAUUUUUUUCCUGGCUGCCGCGGUGCGGUUUUCGCUCCUGAAGGGUGGAUAGCUAGAGGUCAGCAUAGCCCAAGUCCACAGUGCUAUUCAUAUA